CAGCCAGAGCAAGAGCGAGAGAGGGAGAGAGCCGGCAAGAGGGCGAGAGAAGAAACUGUCCGUACCGAGAGGUUGGCAACGGUGGUGGCGGCUGCUGCACACUGGGUGGUGGUGGUGCGCCCUGACACAGUAGUGGAACGAAGGCAGGAAGGACACGACCGUGAGAAGAAAGAGGGUUGUUAUGGGGCGAGAUUCCCGUGGCGUGCUGCUAAUCGUCGCGCUGGCCGCGCUGGCAGUCGCGGACGCCUUCUCCAUUGACAGUAAAUUAGCCUGUCCUUUGAGGCAGUUCCGGUGCGCCAAUGGCAGAUGCAUUCCAAUCUCGUGGGUCUGUGAUAAAGCGGACGACUGUACCGACAAUUCCGACGAGAGCCCGGAGGAGUGCAAAUACACCCAGGAAUGCAAGGACUCGGAGUUCAAGUGCACCAACGGCAGAUGCAUACCGAAUAUAUGGCAUUGCGAUGGCGACCGAGAUUGUUCGGAUGGCGCCGACGAGGAUCCUGCAGUUUGCAGAUCCAAGAGCUGUACGCCGGAACAAUUCACAUGCCAUUCGGGAAAUGGCGAGUGCGUGGCAUUAACAUGGAUGUGCGAUGACAACCCAGACUGUUCGGACGGUUCAGACGAGGCUGAGUGCAACGACACUUGCCGAUCCGACGAGUUCACCUGUGCGAAUAAGCACUGUAUCCAGCAGCUCUGGGUGUGCGACAACGAUAAUGAUUGCGGAGAUAACAGCGACGAGAAAGCUUGUGGGCCGACAACUUGUCAUCCUGGAACUGAUUUCGCGUGUUCCGAGAAUUAUUGCAUAACGUCGCGAUGGAGAUGCGACGGUGAUUACGAUUGUCCUGAUCGAUCCGACGAGAUAGGAUGCAAGGUAGCUCCUUCCGAACAAAAGAUUAGCCAUUGCGACAAGGAGUUUGAUUGCGACGAUGGCGUUACUUGCAUCCACCAAACUUGGGUGUGCGAUGGUGAGAAGGAUUGCCCGAAUGGUGCUGAUGAAUCUCCGCAGAGAUGUCACAAUGUCACCUGCAGGCUCGAUCAAUUUCAAUGCGAAGAUCGACGUUCUUGUAUUUCAGGUCAUUUAUAUUGCAACGGCAAAGCCGACUGCGCCGACGAAAGCGACGAGAAAAAUUGCACAAGUAAAAUAAUAAGCUGCGAUCCACGGACUCAGUUCGAAUGUAGCGAGGGUUCGUGCAUUCCUUUAGAGAACGUCUGUAACAAGAACCGAGAUUGCAUCGGUUGGGAGGAUGAAAGCACCGCGCUUUGUGGAGUGAAUGAAUGCUUGAAAAACAAUGGUGGAUGCUCGCAGAUUUGUACUGAUCUGCCUAUUGGUUAUCGAUGCGAUUGUCACGCGGGUUAUAGACUCAUCGACAAUCGCACAUGCGAUGAUAUUGACGAAUGUUUGGAACCCGGGAGCUGUUCCCAGUUUUGUCAAAAUGAGAAGGGCAGCUUCAAGUGUAGUUGUGCCAAUGGUUAUCUUAAAGAUCCGCGGAACUCUACGCGUUGUAAAGCUGCAGAGGGUCACGCGAGUCUGUUGUUCGCCCGUCGGCAUGAUAUCCGAAAGGUAGCUCUAGACCGUCAAGAAAUGACUGCUAUCGUUAACAAUACAAAAAUGGCAACAGCUUUGGAUUUUGUCUUCCGCACUGGGAUGAUCUUCUGGAGUGAUAUUAGCGAAAAGAAAAUUUAUAAAGCUCCAAUAGACGAAGGAAAUGAGCGCACAGUUGUUAUCGAAAAUGAUCUCACUACAUCGGACGGAUUGGCAGUCGAUUGGAUCUACAGUCACAUUUAUUGGACAGACUCUGGAAAAGAUACCAUUGAAUUGGCCAAUUUCGAAGGAAAUAUGAGAAAGACUUUGAUACGAGAUCGCAUUCAAGAACCUAGGGCGAUAGCUCUGAAUCCUUUGGAAGGUUGGAUGUUUUGGACAGACUGGAGUGACGAGGCUCGCAUUGAACGAGCUGGCAUGGAUGGCACUCAUCGAUCGGUGAUUGUCGGCAAUGACGUCAAAUGGCCUAAUGGUUUAGCUCUAGACUUGAUCGGCAAGAGAGUAUAUUGGGUAGAUGCAAAGUUGAACAUCAUAGGUUCCUGCAAUUACGAUGGAACGGGUAGACGAACGGUUCUAUACUCUCCAAAUAAUCUCAGGCAUCCCUUCAGUAUUACAACCUUCGAAGAUUAUGUAUACUGGACCGACUGGGACAAGGAAACGAUCUUCAAAGCUAACAAAUUUACUGGGAAGGAAGUAGAAGCCGUAACGUCGAUCAGAACACUUCAACAUCCGAUGGUAGUCCAUGUAUAUCAUCCUUAUAGACAACCCGAUGGAAUGAAUCAGUGUCAGGCUGUCAAUGGGCAUUGCAGUCAUCUGUGUUUGCCAGCACCUAAAAUCAACUCCAGAUCGCCAUUGUUGUCAUGCGCCUGUCCCGACGGCUUACGGUUACUACCCGAUGGAUUGAUGUGCGUGGAAAAUGUUACUACGAUCGUAGCACCAACUACGCAGGAAGCUAUGAUGCCGUUCCAGAGGCUCACGCCUCUGAAUGUUACGACUCUCAAUCCAUUAUCUUCAGGAGAUGCAGAUGGAAAGAGAAACUUAGCAACCGAAUCAACAGAUCCUGGCUUAGUCGCCGGCAUUGUGAUCGGCGUAGUGUCCUUAGGACUACUUCUACUCGCACUUGUGGCAGUACUCUGCUACAGGCAUUAUCUUCAUCGUAAUGUCACUAGUAUGAACUUCGAUAAUCCUGUCUACAGGAAGACUACGGAGGAUCAAUUUAGUCUUGAAAAAAAUAGAUUUCCGCUCCCCGCAGCAACAGUUGGAGAGGAGGCUCAGGAACCACUAACAAGUCCUGGAACAAACGAUUAUGUUUAAGAUACAAUCUGUCUUUACGCAGAGGGCUUAACAGGCUACUGAAGUACUAUAUCGACCAAGUGAUAAAACCAUGUAAAGAAAACCGAGAUAUUUGCGUCGAAAGGGCCUGUCCAGAUGCAUCAUGCCUGCGCUCGCUCGCGAACCUGCCAACCAACUGUGAUUAUGUUUAUUUUUUGUAUCUAUUUCUUUACAAAUUUUAGCACUUUGUCACUCAGAUAUAUGUAUAUUAUGCGUUGCGUAUGCAACAUAUUUAGAUUUGUGCUCAGCGGCAUAAAGGGAGAAAUAUCUAGACAAACUGUUGCCAAAUAAGCGAUCUUAUCUUCAUGUAUCCAAGUAGUUCAAUAAGAGAGUUUAAGAUUCCUACUUAAUAUUUUUUCCAUUCAGUUAAGCAAUAUAUAAUUUGUAAUAUAACACUUUUUAGAUGAAUUUAAUAUACCAUGGCCUGGCGCACGUAGCGUGUGAUUCUACAUGCGCUAUGUAUAUGUAAGAAAAUAUCACAACUUGUUAUUGUUUAAUUAUUUAUUUAGAAAUAUGUAGUAUGAAUGCCAACUACUUUUUUAGUAGUCCUAGAAGCACAAGAUAUUACUUUAUUGAGUAAUAUCUUGAAGUCAUAUGUAAAUAACGCGAAAUCACAUAGCCCUUCUCUUCCCUUCCCGUGAUGUUUAAACUAUUUACAAAUUAUUACACGAGCUGUUAAAAUAUAAUAUAAAAGUUAUAGCACAUACUGUGAAAUAAAUUAUCAUCAAAG